AGAUUCACUCUUUUGGAACAAAUGAAAUGAUCCUCAUAUUUAAAUUUCCUCGGCACUUGACCCAGCUACUGGCCGGAAUCCUGUCCGGUUUCGCUAGUGUCCUCAGCCAUAAUACGACAUCGUUCUUGCCUUCUAGGCAUUCAUCUUCCGCCUUGUUAAACCAUGAAUUCCGAUACCAUACGAGUCUCAAAACGAGGCGGGAAUGAUUUCCAGAGCGAAUAAAUGGAUGCCAUUCAAUUUAGGAUCUUUCUUCGUAUGCUCGCAGAAAAUGCAAGACCGAUUUUCGUUCCUCAUCAACCACUGUAUACCGACGCCCAGCCAGGAGGAGAAGCUACGGACAUGCUCUUUCGCCCGACAAUCCGAGGUGUUCCCAGGGCUCUCCGGCUCGAAUUCAUCGUCUCCGGCGCCUACUUCGCCGGAACUCACCCCAAUCACCAUGGUCUCACUUCCCGAAAACGGUUCAGAUGAGGAAAUACCCUUUUCGGAAAGCGAAGGGUUCGAAACUCUUCCCGAGCAGGGCAAUUCUAUGUCCCAGCCCUAUCUCUUCGGAUCCGAAGAGGUCAGACCGCCGACGGCUUCCGCAGCUCUCUGCUCCCAAUCGGACUCUCCUUGGGAUAAGCGUGCCCCUGACUCUGACGAAGAAGGUAUCGAACACCAGACAACUGUUGAUUUAGGGAAGGAAAGUGAUGACCUUGGGUUCUUGGAGCCCCUUGAUGUUAACUGCGAGCUUUACGCCCCAGAGGGUUCUCAUUGUGCUAAGGGGAGUCACAAAAGUGGGUUCCGUGUGUGUAAUUUUGAAGAUGGAGAUAAUGAUGAGUAUCCCUCUAAGAGAGUUAGGGUUUCAGGAGAGUAUUUGGGGGUUGGGAGUUCAACACUGUCUGUAUUUGAAACACAACCAAGUGCAGCCGAAGUUCGGGAUGAUGAUACUGUUGAUGCUGAUUUAGUGCGUAAAGAAGCAGGAAAUGGUGGCACGAAUGAUAAAGUUGAAAAGGGAAAAGGGAAAUGCAGCAUAGAGGGAGGGCAUAAUCUUCCAUUUUCAGUCAAUGGUGGAGAAAAGCUUGUAAGAUUGGGAGAGAAAACGGUUGGAGGAAAUUUGAUGAAUAAAGAUAAUGACACGCAUGAUAACGUUGAAAAGGGAAAAGUGAAAUGCAGCACAGAGGGAGGGCGUAAACUUCCAUUUUCAGUAAAGGGUGGAGAAAAGUUUGUAAGAUUGGGAGAGGAAACAGUUAGAGGAAAUUUGAUGAAUGAACCAUCAUCAUCACCCAAAGACCUUAUGGAGGUUUUGGAGAUGCUAUUAGAGAAGGUAGACGGUGAGGGUAAAGAGGGCAAUGGUGCCAGUUUAUUGGAGACUGCCAUCAGUCGAGGUUGGGAUUUCCCUAAGCCUAGGUGGUGGCCACCAGAGGGCUUUGACGAUUAGUUUGCAGGAUUUAAGAAAUUGUUAAUCAAUAGGUUGCUAAUACUCAAAGUAAUACUUUGUUUGGACGGUUCUCCCUGUUUUGAGGAGUUUGCAUAUGGCAGAGAAUAGUGCAAGUAGAGGGUUGUUGUUUCUCUUCAUCUUAGACUAUAAUAGAUGUAUCUUUGAAACUUAUGAUGCAUGGGUUAUAUGUACAAGUAGGAUUAGUUUGUUACCAAAAUGUUUCAAAAACCUAUGAUAAACCCUUUAUGUAACUGCUUUUCAUUAUAAAGAUGGGGUUUCCUAGAGUUGUGGUUCUUAUUUUUAGUUCCUUGUGUUUUCGUUUCGACACAGCAAACUUUGUGUUGGGCUUGAAGGAUAUGAAUAUGCUGCAAAUGCUUUUGAAAUGGAAGCUGUACUUUUAUAUUGUCAA